GUGUUGUGACUUGUGACAGUUGUGACUUGUGACUGAUAAGGAAAAAUGUUUUUAAAGAAUUUAGUCUGUUUUCUAGCUUCUUUAGGACACUAGGAUUAUUCGUAAUUAUUCUGACUAAUCUGAACUUUACAUAAAGAUAAAUAUCUAGUUCUUGAGACAUGGCAGAGGAACCAAAACCAGUAAACGAAGACGAUUUUAGGCAGUUGAAGGGACGGAUGAAUAUAAUAGUUAGCGCUGACCCGGAACAGUACCACAACGAUUUCUCUCUACGACGAUAUCUUCGUGCAUUUAAAACUGUUGACAACGCUUUCCAGGCAAUAAUAAAAACUAACAAGUGGCGUGCAGAAUAUGGUGUGACUGAAUUACACAAGGAUGCAGGACUAAUAGAGAAGUUUUCAAACAAAGCUAGAGUUCUUAGACACCGGGACAUUACGGGGCGGCCCAUUGUCUACAUUCCGGCAAAGAACCACAGCUCCAAUGAUCGCAACAUUGAUGAACUCACUCGGUUUAUUGUUUACUGUUUGGAAGAUGCCAGUAAAAGAUGUUUUGAGGAAGUAAUUGACAAUCUAUGCAUAGUGUUUGACUUGAAUGGAUUCACCCUGUCUUGCAUGGAUUACCAAGUUCUAAAGAACCUGAUUUGGCUGCUCAGUAGACAUUAUCCGGAGAGACUCGGGGUUUGUCUCAUCAUCAACGCACCCACAUUCUUUUCAGGGUGCUGGACAGUUAUAAAAGGAUGGUUGGAUGAAAACACCUCAAGCAAAGUAACAUUUGUUAACUCGGAGAUGGAUCUCUGUAAAUAUUUGAUACCAGACAUCUUGCCAGCUGAUGCGUAACGGAUUGUUAAAGAUGGUAUCAAGGCCAUCCUUUUCGAUAAUAGGUAUUAUUCAAAUAACGACAAGGCAUUAUACAGGACAUGGUACAUGAUUUUAGGUAAAAUUAGAUUUUAUGUAACUGUUAUUUAUCUAUUAAGGUCUAGGUUAUUGUGCUGAUAAUUGUAAGGUCUAUUCUCCGCUACCCGUGUGACACUCACCAUAGACCAGGUACCUUUUUUUCCAAAAAUACCAGGAAGCUGAUUUUAUGUCUAACACUUUAAAACGAAGGUGUGAAAUAUCAUACAAGCAAAAAUAUUUUAUUAAAUUAAGUAUCCUAAGUGUUGAGGUAAAUAUUUUAUUUAUUUUAGGUUAGUGAAAACCCACAGCUUGCCAAUAACAAUAUUGUUAAUGUAAUGAAUUAGAAAUUUAUGACAAUGUUAACAAAUAUAUUUAAUCAACCAUCUAUAUAACAACAAAUUGUCAAUUUGUUACUUAAAAUUGAAUUAGGUUAUUAUUACUAUGUUAUGAGUCAUAACUUAAUUAUAAUAUUUUUUGUAAAACUGUCAAUUUAUUAGCUUUAAUAGAAUAGGAUUUAGUGGCUCAUUAAUUAUUAGUUAAAAACUUCCAGAACAUUCACAUAGAUCAAUAAUGUUUUAUUAUACUACAAUAGUUAUUUACGAUACGAGUGCAGAAAAUAGGAAACUCGCAACGAGUGGUGAUAAAUUAAAACACGACCGAAGGGAGUGUUUUAAAUCGACACGAGUUGCGAAUUACCUAUUCGCACAUUUAUCGUACGUUUUACAGAACAUGUGGCUCUUUAUAGCUUCGACAUAUGCACGGAAAGUGCUCAUUCCCGCACGCGUGCGGGACAGUAGCACCAUAUGUACUGUAAAAGUUUAUAACAUAACAACUGCAACAUUUAGGCAAUUGUAGAGUUAGACCAAGAUAACUCUGCAACGAUUUUGACAGCAUAGACUGUUCGAGUGCUAUUUAUACGUCAUAAUUUCAUAGAAGCUUGACGCUUAAAUAACACUUGCACAGUCUAGGCUAUCAAAAUCGCUGCAGACUUAUCUUGGUCUAACUCUAUACAGACUGCGGUAGGUAACGCAUCUUUAAUAGUAAAUUACGAUACAAGUGCGAAAAACAGGAAAGAAAAAAACUGCGACUUACCUUACCUAAUCUAAUCGUGCAUGUACAGUCGCCAUCAGAUAUAUCGGAGCGGCCAAUGUGCUUACAAAUAUCUGAACACGUCUCUAUUUUCAAGACGCUAGAGUGCGUAUCCAGAUAUUUUUGAGCACCUCGGCCGCUCCGAUAUAUCUGAUGGCGACUGUACAUAUGACCCUUUCGAAAUAGUUACGUAAUGCUAAUUAUCGCACUAGUGCACCAUAGCACGUAGCCAUAAAGUAGCACCAUAGUACUGUAAUAGUAUUUUACAGUACUUAUGGUGCUACUUUACCGCACUAGUGCGAAAAUUAGCAUAUUACGUUACUGUGUCGAACAUUUAAACGGCCAUAUGUACUGUAAAACGUUGUACAAUACAUGUGCAAAUAGGUAAUUCGCAACUCGUAUCGAUUUAAAACACUCCCUUCGGUCGUGUUUUAAUUUAUUGCCACUCGUUUCGUAUUUCCUAUUUUUCGCACUUGUAUCGUAAUGUACUAUUAUGCAACAGUUGUAUAAGAAGGGUAAAAAAAGGCGAGUGGCGUGAGCUACAAUGUGAGCUGGAGCCGAAGGCGUAGGCGAACAUUGUAAAGGAAUACGCCACGAGCAUUUUUUGACCUACUUAUACAACGUUGCAUACAAUACUUUUCCUACGAGUCAACAAAAAUAAAUCUUAAUUUAGGUAAAGAAAGCAAAAGUAUAUAGCUAAGAUACGCGAGCAUACCUUGUUACGCGCCCGGCCCGCCGCGGCCCGGCCGGUCUGCGACACCUUCUCGUAACUCAUGAGGCCCUGGUACUUGCUUCUUGCUAAAUUAAAUUUUUGGACAGUUUUGUUCUCGAUUUUAGCCACACUAGCCUAUGGAGACUAACAAGCAACGCUAAGCGGUCUUCGUAGUCUAUGGGUGUUGCUAUAUUACGGGUGUCACAUGCGUGUUUCUGACUUAUGAAGCAAUUGUUUCUACUAUGCAACCAAAUUAAUAUUUUGUAAGUCUCCAGCAAUGCACUUAGUUUGAAACUGUAUUGGUUUAGAUUUUGUUAGGUUGGUAGCCAUUAAUCGCAGUAACGUUAUAGCGAUUUUAAAGCACACGUGCUGUUAUGAGGAAUAGACAAUAUAAACUUUCCUUGAAACCUUUUAUGUAUGUUCUUAUAUUCGUGUUAAUGAAUGUAUAAAUGACAGAUAACAGUAGAGGAGUAGGAAAAAGAUGUAAUAGUUCGGUCUUGUCCCAAAAAGUAGGCAUAUUGAUCUGUGUGUUUAUCUACAGGGUAUUAAAUGUGUUUUUAAGCGAGUAAAUAUCCGCAAUUAUUUCAAGGAAUUUAAAUAACUUAUAAUUAUCAAAUAACCUUAAACUACGUCCACAAGAGAGGUAUGGGCAUUGUGAAUGUCA